AUGCCGCCCUACUCGCGAGUUAUUAAUUUGUACGAGCGAUUCACAGUGUUGUCUGCCGCCGCCAUCCGGCGGGAGGUGCAUGGAUUGUUAGGCACCACCACCUGCAGCACCCCGCUGUUGGAGCUGCGGGAGGUGUGCGAAUUGCUGUUGAAGAGCGGCGAGCGAAGCCGGGCUAUUUUGGUCGCAGACGCCCUUCCACAGGCUCAGCGGCAGUCACUUGUCACCUCAUUGGGGCUGACAGACCUGCCACACCAGCCAAUCGGGCCUCAUUGUCAGGAGCAGCAGACGGAUAAUGCUGCUGCUACUGCUGCGGGCCCUUUCCCAGCAAUGGAGUUGUCUGAGAUGUCGAAUGAGAAGCUGCUGCGGUUGGGGUUUGCGCUGCAGCGGCCGCAGUCUCAACGCAGACGGGCUUCACUUCACUUCACCGAUUCGAAUAACGACGAUGGCGAGGAGGAGGAGGAGGAGGAGAGGGCGGGGUACAACGCGGUGAUGCAGCGUCAACUGUUCCUGGAGCUUCGUCGGCGGCGACGGUACAAGGAUCUGAUGCAGUGCGUCAUGAACUGGAAGUCGAAAGGGCUCCUCCCAACGAGACGACGGACGGGAGAACGUGACAGUGACGGGAUACGCAAAGCGAGUGAUGAGGAGAGUUUCUCCCAACCCAUGGGAGUUAGCGGUACAGAAAAGACAUUGACGGAUGUUGUGGCACCAUUCAACGCGGAGGAGGCGUUGCGUGGGCUCAUAUUCAACACCUCGUCUUCCUCCACUUUGUACGGCUCGUCCGGGGGUCAGUGGGAGGAGGCACUGCGGGAGUGCCCGGAGUUUUUCAUUAUCACGCUCCAGGAGCCAACAGCGGCUUUGCAGUUCCUUCGCAAGACAAGUGUAGAAAUGGUAACGCGGUUUGCACUUUGCCUUUUGCAGGGGGAUAUCACGGCCCAAUUGACGCACGCACCUUCUACUGUGCACAACCGGCCGGAGCAGCGUGUCGCAUGGGAAACCAUUGCCUCGUUGUGCUUUGCCCUUCGGCCGCAUCUGCUGCAUGCGAAGAAGGUCGUCAAGGUGGACCUUCUGCAGGCUGUGCUGCGUGCACUGCGGGAGGAGGCGGCGACGAUUGGGGACAAUUUCAUGGCUCGGCGAAGCGCCAACCCAUCAAUUGCAAAUGACGCACGUCUUUUGGCAAUGCGUUCUGCAGUUGAAAGCCUUUGUGCGUCCUUGUCGCAUCAACAAAAGGAGGCCCAGGCGCGGUUUAUAGGACUGCCGCUGUUUAUUGAAGUUGCCGUUGCCUUGCGUGACUGCGGCGUGCAAGUCCCGAGCGCACUGGCACAAUGUGUUUUUUUAUGUCUUGGUGACUCACAGCUUCAUCAAUGGAAUGAGAUGUCUUCAUCUGGCAGCCAGGCACCAGUUGGCAGGGAGUUACUUGUUACGCUGCUGAGUUCCCCUCCGACCGAUCGAUGGGUGUCGGCACUUCGUCUGCUGCGUUUGUGCGAUGAGCGGCGUGAAUUUGUUGUCACUGCCGCACAUCUUCGCUGCAUCCUCAGCGGUCUGCAGAGCAUUUCAAUUAGUCAUACAUGGCAGACAGCUCUUUGUGUCGCAAAUUCCAUCAUGAAUCAGUAUGAUAUCUUCCCUGAUGAUGCUUCGGUAGAAAAAUUGAUGUUGAAUCUUCAUGCGGCAUCAUGGCAACGCGCAUUUGAGGUACUGCAUCUGUAUGAUAAGAAUCACAUUGCACCGCCGCCGCAGCUCUUGCGUGAUCUGCACGUGGUGGCAAUGAAGCACAGUUCCUGGGAUGUUGUGCUGAGGGUCAUGCAGUGGAUUGAAGAAGUGGGGUCGGAGCAGGCUAGUUUUAUGAAUCAUGUUUAUUGCCUUCGCGCAUUUGGAUGCGCGGGGAAAUGGAAAGAGGCCAUGGAGCUUUUAAAGCGCCUAAAAGGCAUUUCAGGCCUUGAAAUGAGCGGUCGCUCUGUGUUCAAUGAGGUGACGGUUGCAGUCCCCGUCAUGGGCAUGGUGGAAAAUGAGCACUGGGAGUCGGUUGUGCGGUUUGUUGUGACAUUAUUUCGUCAAUGCGGAGCCAAACUGACGCGUGAAGGGAGGGAGGUGGCCCUUGCGGCGGAGCUUCUUGCUCUUCUGCGUAUAGGCGAUGUGGCUCGGUUAGCAUUCUUUUUGAAUAGGCACAGCGGGGAGCCAAUGGAUGCACACGACGUUGCGGCGGGGAAGUAUGCGGACGAUGACCCUCAACUUGAGGGAUUCGGCGUGCCAUCGUUUGUCGAGGAGUUGCGUGCGAUUGUUCAGAGGGCGAUGGAGCUGCACUCGUUGUGUGGCAUGGAGCACCUCAACGCGCCUAUUCGGCUGGUGUAUGACAUCAUUGCCGGUGAGGAGUACCGCCGCAAUCAUCAUGCGGAGCGGAUUGGGCCAGUGACGCGUGGCAUGCCCCCGCAGCGGCCGUUGUACCUCCCGCCGCUCCACGUGCAGGCGCAGUACGAGAGUUUUGCAACGGCGCUCGGGAAAAUGAUCCGCCGUGAGGAGCGACUGUUCAGCGUGGCGACGCAACAGGCUGUGGCAGAGGCGAUGUCAAAAGCCGGCGCAGGCUCUGCGUACCUGAAGGCUGCGCUGCUGUAA